AUGGAUGAUGAGACAGUUGGAAUAAGAGUUGAGGGAACAGAAGGAAGAAUACAAGAAAUUUUGGAGACAUUAGAAAAGUUUAGUAACGGUAUUGACUGUCAAGAGAUAAAAAUUGGAAACACAAUUCAUAAAAAGGUCUUAGAGUCAGAGAGGGGUUCAGAAAUAUUAAAAACUAUUGAGGGACAAGCGAGAUGUGUUAUCUUUAAAGUUUCAAUGAAUGAAGAAAAGGCAUUACUAGGCAAAUUCGAAAUAAAUAGUGCAACUAUUAACGUAAUACAAGUUGAUAUUACGACUCUAUCGGUGGAUGUAAUUGUUAAUGCUGCUAAUGAAAACCUACUGCUUAUUGGAGGAGUUGCUGGUGCUAUCAGAGACAAAGACUGUCAUAGAAUAGACUGCCAUAGAAUAGACAGUCAUAUAAUAUACUGUCAGGGAAUAGACUGUCAUAGAAUAGACUGUCAUAGAGUAGACUGUCAUAGAGUAGACUGUCAUAGAAUAGACAGUCAUAGAAUAGACUGCCAUAGAAUAGACUGUCAGGGAAUAGACUGUCAUAGAAUAGUCUGUCAUAGAAUAAUCUGUCAUAGAAUAGACUGUCAUAGAAUAGACUGUCAUAGAAUAGACUGUCAUAGAAUAGACUGCCAUAGAAUAUACUGUCAGGGAAUAGACUGUCAUAGAAUAGACUGUCAUAGAAUAGACAGUCAUAUAAUAUACUGUCAGGGAAUAGACUGUUAUAGAUUAGACUGUCAUAGAGUAGACUGUCAUAGAGUAGACUGUCAUAGAGUAGACUGUCAUAGAAUAGACAGUCAUAGAAUAGACUGCCAUAGAAUAUACUGUCAGGGAAUAGACUGCCAUAGAAUAUACUGUCAGGGAAUAGACUGUCAUAGAAUAGACUGCCAUAGAAUAUACUGUCAGGGAAUAGACUGCCAUAGAAUAUACUGUCAGGGAAUAGACUGUCAUAGAAUAGUCUGUCAUAGAAUAAUCUGUCAUAGAAUAGACUGUCAUGGAAUAGACUGUCAUAGAAUAAACUGUCAUAGAAUAGACUGCCAUAGAAUAUACUGUCAGGGAAUAGACUGUCAUAGAAUAGACUGUCAUAGAAUAGACUGUCAUAGAAUAGACAGUCAUAUAAUAUACUGUCAGGGAAUAGACUGUCAUAGAAUAGACUGUCAUAGAAUAGACUGUCAUAGAAUAGACUGUCAUAGAAUAGACUGCCAUAGAGUAGACUGUCAUAGAGUAGACUGUCAUAGAAUAGACAGUCAUAUAAUAUACUGUCAGGGAAAAGACUGUCAGGGAAUAGACUGUCAUAGAAUAGACCAUCAUAGAAUAGACUGUCAUAGAAUAGACUGCCAUAGAAUAGACUGUCAUAGAAUAGACUGCCAUAGAAUAUACUGUCAGGGAAUAGACUGUUAUAGAAUGUUAUAG